CUGGGAGCCAUGGCUGCACAGUCACUGUACUAGCUAACUACAGUUUGACAAUGUGUAGCUCUAUGUGGGAGGGUGCUGGAACUUUUGUGAAUAGCUGAGUCAACACAUUGCUACAACAACCACAAAAAUGCAGCAUUCCCAAAAACUGGCAACGGUGACGCAUAUACCCAAAGCAUCUCAAUUAGAGUAAAGGAAGCGUUAUAGCUACGUACAGCAAUGGUGUUUGGAAAGAAAGGUGACAUAUGCACAUGGCUUCAACUUGGCUGUGACAAAAUCCAUGUUUGGGCUCUGAGGCAUGAAAAUUAGAACUACCUUUUGAAGUUGUGUCUACAGACUACAACACACCUAAACAUUGGUUAGUCAUAGAGCAGUACAGAAGCUGCACGUUAGCAUUGAAGUAAAGUCAUCUGCAUCAGUGUACAUAAAAUACAGAAAGAAAAAGACGUAGAGUGAAAGAGAUCGAACCCCGUGCAUGCAUGCAGUGGUCAUGAAGUGGACACAUGUUAUAGUACUUAUACAUGUAGUUAUUACACUGAAAUUGGUUAAAGCUCAGCAGCCUAAAGUCUAUGAAGUGACCAUCUCCACCUUCAAUGAUGAACUGACACCUCCAUACCACUCAGUGCCUCUCUACUGCAGUAUCUCCCCUCAACCAGACGAGCCGUUGUUUUAUCGAUGGACACACUCCGUUAAUGAACAAUACGUUUCGGCCACUGCCACCUCUCCUUAUGCCUUUUACAAGCCGCUAUUCAACCACCCUCGAUAUGGUAGGGUGUUCUGUCAUGUGGAGACAGAGGAAGGAUUUCUAGGCACAGGAAGCAUUCUGUUGGAAGCACAAGGGUACGUUGAAGCUAUUGGGAGAACUGCGGUCAGUCUACAGCCUACCAAACCUCUCAUUCUAAGAGGUGAGGUGUCAAGGCAGUACAGCACUGACAACAAGAGCCCACUACUCAACACGAGGGUCUUAACAAGAUGGAGCUACAAUGGAGUCCCCAUUACACAGCCACUAGACUCAGAUCAACCUACUCUUUCUUUCAACAGAACACAAGAAUCCGAUACUGGAGAGUAUGUACUGAGUGUGUCACAUUUCUACAUUUCAAGAGGCUUUGAUAGAAAUAACGAAACUGAAGGUAAUAUGCUGGGAAUUGCGGGGGAUAUUAACAGGCAAUGCAGUGACAUAGUGCUGAGUACUCUAGGACUGUACGCUAUCUUCAGUCCUGUGGAAUUUCAAGUCAACAUAGGUACUAAACAGAUUCCCGCUGAACCAACUAAAAGUACCCACUAUUAUGAAUUCUUUGAGAAAAAGCAAGUAUAUGUGAUGAUCCAGAUACCACUGCAGUCAAUUCAAGGGAUUGACUAUAACCAACUCUCAGACAACUUCGAACUUAGUUACAAGCUACUCCACAACGGAAAAAUUAUAUUUGAUACUACAUAUAGACUUUCUAGCAGAGGUAGUACAGUCAGUGAAUACAGGCUGAUCAAUGACAGCACAGUGGAGGCAAAUCUGAUCUUUUUCUCACCUACGGCACUGGAUGUGGGGAUAUACGAGUACCAGUUCUAUGUGAGGACUGAGGAUGUACAGAGGGUGCUCGAUAUAACACAAUGUGACACAAGCUAUCAGAAUUUCCUAGAUGGUGGAAUGCGACUCCUGUUCUUCCUAAUUGGAGAAGCUACCAUUUACAUCGAAAUGGCUGAUCGGAUUUCUGUGAAUGCCAGCAAAUACUACUACAGUAUUGGUGAUGAGGAAGGCUCAACACUAUCAUGCACACUAGCUCAACAGAACAGCAGCGCGCAGGAGCUGAACUGGCAUAAGAAUGGAUACCAAGUGAUGACAACAAAUUUUUCAAGCAUACUGUAUAUUAACAUUUCCGAUACUGUGGAGAAAUUGGACUUUGUGAAUGAGUACGGCACGUACACAUGCACUGCUAUGGAAACGGAUGGUCGACAAAGCUCAAAGUCGAUACAUAUUGCAGAAAAAGCAUCCUUCAGUCUCCAGCUCCGUCCCGAAAAUGGCCUGGAUUGUGUAUCAGUGUCAACAGAAGCCGUUAAAACAGCUGUUCUAAGUGAACUAAGAUCCACCUUCUCCCAAACAUGUAACUGUGACAUCACGCUAGACGAGUUCACCAUGGCAACCAUGUUAUGUGACGAUAACAAUAUGCUUACUUUGAGCUCGGACUUGUUGUUUUCUGACCAAGAUGGAGAACUGACAGCAUCGAAUUUGCUCAGCUCUGCUGCCGGUAGACUUAUGGGAGUGAGGACAUUCAACGAUGCAACGUUGGUGAUUGAUACCAGCUGUGCCCUAAGGGAUGCUCAAGGGCGCUGUAUAGAGGGACAGCCCAGACAGGAGAACCAGCUCACAACACUGGCUAUUGUAUUAUUGGCAAUGCUAACUCUAGCAAUAAUGGUGGCUAUUUUAACAGGACUGAUACGGUGUGUACUCAAGUGUAGAAAACAAAAAAACAAAAUCAAAGAGUCAAGUAAUGUUCAGCCUCCGCUACAAAUGGUAACACCGUCUCAUCGUCCAAUCACAAGCCCAGAAAUUUCCAUUGAUCCGCAGUCGUACUCGUACCCGCAAAUCCACUCCAUUGUAGGAAGAAGAGCAAUUUCGUUUGCUGGAAGAGCCAAUCAUCACGUACUAAGAAACACUCGUUCUAACAGAAUGGGAAACAGCAGUACUAGCCAGAGAACAGAGGCAAAUGGAACGGAAUCUGCCAAGAAUUAUACUUCGGAACCAAUACCAUCCAGAUUGGAAUCUUCCCUAAAUUGCGUACAAAAUCCAGCUUAUACUGUGACUACCAGCGAUAACCAAAGAGACACCAUUCUAUCGAAUAACUAUCAGAGCAUUCGUCGCGGCAGAGGGUCCUCUCCAGAUGGGGCGUCUGGACGUCAUAUUUACGACUAUCCCAGAUUUGGGGAGGUGGAACCAGAAUCAGAGCAAGAGGAAAGCCGGGAGGAGUCAGACUACUACAUUUAAUGAUUAAGAGCACAGAACUGAUCAAUACAUAGUAUGUACACAGUAAACCUAUUUGUUUUGUUCCUGUGUUUGCACUAAAUGUCACAAUUAAUUGAAUUAUCACA